CCGACGAGGACGCGGACGAAAAGGAACAAGAAGAGCGUGACCUAUUAGACCACACGACUAUGUCCAUCACCCCUCGCAUGUCGGGCGCGGAAGACAACGGUGGUGACGCCGGUUCUUCUACACCCAGAACCAAAAACAGGGACGGCGUAUUUUUAAGCAAUACCGAAAGUAGUAGCGGAAACCCUGUUGAUCCCGCAGUCCCAACGAGUGAGAAGCUUGACUCUCUUCGCGCAGAACUGAAACUCGCGGCCGAAAAGGCGCGGAAGGUGGAGCGCCGCAUCGACAAGCAAGGAACUGCGACGGAGGACACCUUGAAGCUGCGGAAAAAGUACGACAAGAUUCAGAAGCGAGUGAGGCGUCAAAUCGAGGAGGAGACACGCCGCCUGGAAAACGAUGCACGCUUCCAAAGACGAAAGCUGCUAAAUCAGAAAGCCGAAUUGGAGCGGAAACGUGCCGAGGCCGUGACGGCGGCGGAAAACUCGGUAGAGGAAAACGAAGCACAAAAAACAACGCUGGAAGCAGAGCUCGUCGACGCGAUGGACCGGUACGAGGUUUUAACAGAAAGCUUGAAGGGUUUAGAACAGGUAUUUCAAUGCAGUGCUUGCGACUUUAUUUGUCCACUUUCAUUUUCGAAAAUCAAAAUCUCACAACUUCUACCCAUGAUUGCUCAUUCGCUUAGGGGGUCUAAUGCUGCUUCGCCCAGACUGACGUAUGGUGUUGUGUAAGUGUGGCAAACUGAUGCUUAGGUAUCCGGCCUCGGCGACGACAGCGAUGACUCAGGCAGGCCUAACGAAGAUUCUUCCGACGAGGAUGCCGGUGUUUCCGAGCCACGCGAGACAACGGAGAACGCAGCGUCGGAAAUCAAUGUUCUAGUGCCGCAAGGACCGGAAACAGUAGAAGAAAGUUCCGCUAAUGUCAGCCUUCUCGUCCCUGCUGGCGUCGCAUCGGACCAGCAACAGUCGUCUGCUCGAUUCCCAGACACAAAACUGCCUCGAAAGAGUUGCCUGAAGCACCGCAAGACCACGCACGAGGCCCGGAGACCAACGAGACGCGUGAGCGUUCUGGCGGCUGCGAGAACACGGAAGACGGCGUUGCUGAUCCAGCAAACCGAGGCCAGAAUGACGCACCACCUGGCGCAGUUCCAGCAGCGGCUCAGUCUGUUUCCGACGGCGGAGCAGCAGCGCAGAUCGGAGGGGAGCCGCGACAGUGGUCAUUUAUCUUCUGGUGCGGCUACUUCGUCGGUAACUAGUCCGGUGCACGGCUUCGAUUUUUCACAACCACAAUCUGCUCCAGCAAUUCGAGUGUUCGCGCCUUUCUCACCAGAAAAUGGAUUUUUACAGAAAGCAACUGUAGAUGAACAUGUCGACACACAUCAAAAUGCAUCUUUGCCCACAAGCCCCCUUCUGACGGACGAUAAAAAGAUCUCUACAACUAGAAGUUCGAUCACGACAACCUCUUAUCUGCUCGAUGCAGCAAACCGGACUCCCCAACUGCAGUGCGAGAAUCACAGCAGCUCCCAGGAACGACAAGCGCAGCCCUCCUCAUCCGAGCAGCUUGUCAAAAUUCACAGCGAUCACAGUCUGGUUGGCAGUGUCUGCAUAUCCGACGGGGAGGAUUUGCUCGACAGCGCGGUGUCUGAAGUCCGCCACAACGAAGUCGACACGCUGCUCGGCUCGGCACGGUCCACAUCGCUGGUGGACAACACCAGUCUGCAAUUUAUCCCAGCGAAAUCCGUAAUAUCCGCUCCGAUUCGCGGUCUUGUGGAAACAGAUGCGGAGGACUUCGUUUCGAUUCCGGCCGCGAAAAACAGUGUCCACGCUGGACAACAGGUCAGGAUGGAAGGUUCAACAUCGCUUGCCGACCGUGUCAGCCGGGGCGCAAUUCAACCUACAGAAGUGUUGGAGACAAACGCCAUAAAGCGGGGCUCUAUCCACGAGGACGCGCUUGCCGAGCUGCGAAACCUCCAGAGCACUUCUCCACUGACGGAGCAGUUGCAAGGAAGAUCGAGCUUGAUCCAGGGUCGAGAUGCCGGCUCCGAGAAAAUGAGUACGCGUUCCGUAGUUACAGGUCGCCGCACAGGGGCUGAACUUGUGCGAGACGUCGACUUGGAAGAGCAGCAAAACGUCGACGAUGAAGUCCGUCAUAAAAUCACAGUUAUCGCAUCCCGCGGCGAGGGCGGUAGCGAAAUUUUCGCAGAGCAGCAGGAGUCCUUGCAUUCGUUAGUCGUUUCGGAAUCCUCGCUCCACGGUCGCACUCCAAGAGAUGAGGAUCACGACGCCUCCCUUGCCGAGGAGUUUCUUUCGAGCAAGAAUGGCUCGCCGUCCAGUACGCGACGCGCCCGCCGCACAACGCAGCACUUGUCAGAAUUCAUCCGCGGAACGCAGAUGAAAAGUUUGCUGCCAAUAAAUGCAGAGGACCGACGGCGUAGCACACAACUAGAAAGUUCUUUUACCUCGGACCUCGAAGCGCGCCACACAGAGCAGGUCUCUGUGAUUCGCGCUCCGGAGGAGCUGUUGGUCGAUGUCACCCCGUCGGGGACCGCAGGGACGGACUUUGCCACUGCGAACGAAGACCACGCAAGCAAUCCGGACUUGCCAACGACCCCUGUGGACGUCCUGGAGGACCAGAGCUUUGUGAUCGAUUACUCAACGCAAGUACUGAACAAGGGGUUUGCGUUCGCGCGUCAGGCGACCAAAUCGGAGCAGCUCGGGCAGAACUUUCCGCAUGUGGGCCAAGUUUUCCAGGUAGAGCUGGAACUCGAAACUGUACGCAUGUCCACGGUCUCGUCCGAGAAGCUAGUGGAUGUAGUCGACGCAGCAGGAGAAGCGAAACACCCAUCCACAGUGACUCAGGGAAAUGCAAAUAAAGCAGAAAUCGUUCAUCCAAGAAGCGGUGAAGAUGCAGCAGCUUCCGUUACUGACGGUGGCACAGACGCUCGACGAAACCAGCACACCAUCGAGGUCCAGCCGGAUGCAAAUACCUCGAUGUUUCUGUCGGAUGAAGAAAUGAAAACAGGCCGCUCUGCAGUAGACGCGAGCCAGACAAGUGAACUAACUCCAAGGAAUGUUCUCGAAAUAGACGUGGAGGCCGUUGCCGUUCCUCGACUGGAUAGUUCAGCGUCUUCUGCUUCCGCUCGACCCCUAGUGCCGGUUUCGGAGGAAAGUGUGCCAGCGGCGGUCAGAACGAGCACGACCGACAGAGUAGAGACUGUAGGUCCCGAAAAGCCUCUUUUGCAAGAAAAGCCUAGCGCAAGGAAUCCAGAUAUUAAAAGCACCAGUGCUCCACCAAACACGAUGCCUCUCCCGCCACCACCGUCCAGAGAAAUAAACGUUCCAAAAACAAGAAACCCUUUGCUGCAGGUGCCGUCCUCCGAACAAUCCGACGGCGGCGCGCGCCUUUCUUCUCAACCGCAUAGCGCGAGGGAGGCGAAGGACCCAAUCGAUCCUAAAGCUGAAGCUCCCAGCGGUCCGUCACCCCGGCCUUCGGCACAGACUCCAGCUACGGGGUUCGUCGCCUCCAGCGGGGGUUUGCUAGCGGAGGAUCUGCUCGAGAAGGCUAUCAAGGAGUUUGACACCGAGGACCUGCAAAGCGAAGUCCGCACGUUCUUCGACAACCAGCUGGCCAGGAAUGAAUCCAAUCUCCACUGGGGUCGCGGGGAAGUCCGGGCCUUCAUCGGCGAGCUGUUCGCGAAGUUUUUCGAUUUCAACUUCGACCGCAUUCCCGCGGUCAGUUUCCGGCAAAACUUUGUCGAAAUCCAACGGCAGUACUGCGAGCACCUGGACGACGACCAGCUCUUGGACUGGAAAGGAGCGGCAGAGCUCGCGCGGAAGAUGCUGGUGCGCAUGAAAUUCUUCCGGGCCGAGUUCGACAACCAGAGGAAGCGGCUGUCCAACCGCAAUUCGACGGUCGUGGGGAACAAGAGUUGAGUGGAGGAGCAGUAUACGGAAUUGAGUACGAUGUAUGAUUUUUGUGCACUUUUUUCUUGAUUGUCUACAACCUGCCGGUUUUGCUGUAAUGUACGUAGUACUUCUAUCGACGGAAGAACAACGGAUUCGGAAAAUGUACCAAAAAACGUGAAGUCAGGUCGCGAUCAACGAACCUAGUCAACACUUCAAGAAAAAGUACAUCG